AGUAAAAACGAAAACAGGAUUGACAAGUUCAGUACAUUGCACAUUGAAUUAAGGUGAUAAAGUGCAGGUUCUUUGUGUGUUAUCUACUAAACACUAGACUCUGAAUCUAGUAAAUUAGCAACCAUUAUAGAUAAGCAGACAUAAUCUUGAAGAACGAAAACACUAUAGAGAUGGAUAGUGACAAAUCGGCCAACAACGAUGGAGAACAGUAUGACCCAGUGGUGCAGUUUCUCGACAUGAAUGUGCCAGAUGGUCUCUGCCGUCGUGAAAAAACUCUUCAACUUGUUAAAUGCCAGUCAUUUAAAGAGGCCAACAAAUCCUUCAGUGCACUUAUAGGGGAUAUCCUCAGAGUGGCAGACACUGGACUGACAAUCCCAAAAAGAUUAAUGGUCGAAUUUUACUAUGGUCGAGCCACAUGUAGAUUGGAAUUGGAUUUACUUAUUGAAGUUUUGGAAGAUGUGCACGAAGCACUAAGAUGGGAAAAACCAGCUAGGUUAUUAUAUUUACCUCCUCAAAUUUCUCUUGUUCGGGAUGCCACCAUAACAAGAUUACUAGAACAACUGCCGAAUUGGAUACUGCGUAUUCCUGACUUGAUAAAGAAACUGCAUACCUAUGGAGACGAUAGUCUGGAGCAAGAAGAAUUUGUGCAUGCUUUGCUGUGCUACCGUGACGUCCUUACACUAUCUGGCGUCGUCCGCGAGUGUCAGAUAAUGAAUAAACAAACUACUGCUCGACUGCUUCUGGGGUAUUCUGAAUGCUGUUUAGAAAUAGCAAAAACUGACAAGGACGUCCCAAAUCAGACAUUUACAAAACUAUGUGGAGACCAUUGCAUAAAAGCUCUUGAUCUGAUAGAAAGUGAACAGGAAGAAGACGAAUGUCGCGCGCUGUGUGCAAAGGCGUACGAUUUAAAGUCGAGGGCGUUCCAUAACCAGGGGGACAUUAAAAAGGCCAUCGAAAUGGCAGAGGAGGCACAUAGCAUUUUGCCCAGUGAAGCUAGAGAAAGCGAGAUUCGAAGAUUGAAAAGAACGCAGGAUGAAAUCGAGGCCGUAGAGACAAGGGAGUCACUUAAGUACGAUCCGGAUUGGAUAGCGGGACUUGUGACGGCUUCAAGCGGGAGAGUGGCCAAAACAAGUAAGUGGUGGAUGUUGGGAUAUGAUUCACAAUAA